AGCUCCUCCACCUCCGACCCAGCGUCUCGGUUGCUAGGAGAACUGGACCAGGCGCGCUUUCCGGCAUCGUUGCGGCGGUCAUGGCGGAGGCCGUCUGGAAUACCGACACUGGGGAGGCAGUGUAUCGCUCCCGGGACCCCGUAUGCAACUUGCGCCUCCGAGUUCAUCUGCAAAGAAUCACAUCAAGCAACUUUCUUCAUUACCAGCCUGCUACCCAGUCUGGGAAGGACAUCAUAGACUUAGGCACUUUUAGGCCUCAUCCAACUGCCAGUGGACACCGCCCAGAUGAAGAUGAAGAAGAAGAGAUUGUGAUUGGAUGGCAGGAGAAGCUCUUCAGCCAGUUUGAAGUGGAUCUGUACCAAAAUGAAGCAGCUUGUCAGAGUCCUUUGGAUUAUCAGUACCGUCAAGAAAUUCUGAAGCUGGAGAAUUCUGGUGGCAGGAAGAACCAACGAAUUUUUACCUAUACUGACUCUGACAGAUACACCAACUUGGAGGAGCACUGUCAGAAAAUGACCACUGCAGCCAGCGAGGUGCCGUCAUUUUUGGUUGAGCGAAUGGCAAAUGUCAGGCGGCGACGGCAGGAUAAGCGAGGGAUGGAAGGUGGCAUCUUCAAGUCACGCAUGGUCACCUGGGAACCCUCAGAAGAGUUUGUCAAGAACAACCAUGUCAUUAACACCCCUCUUCAAACAAUGUACAUCAUGGCGGAUCUUGGACCCUAUGGAAAGCUUGGCUAUAAGACCUAUGAACAUGUCCUCUGUACCCUGAAAGUGGACAGCAAUGGUGUGAUCACAGUAAAACCUGACUUCACUGGCCUCAAAGGACCCUACAGAAUCGAGACAGAUGGGGAGAAGCAGGAGUUAUGGAAGUAUACGAUCCACAACGUGUCCUCCCUCGCACAGCCAGAGGAGGAGGAGCGAGAACAGCGCGUGUUCAAGGAUCUUUAUGGCCGACACAAGGAAUAUCUCAGCAGCCUCGUGGGCACUGACUUUGAGACGACCGCCCCAGGUGCCCUCCGGCUCUUUGUAAAUGGAGAGGUGGUUUCCGCCCAAGGCUACGAGUAUGACAAUCUCUACGUGCACUUCUUUGUGGAAUUGCCAACUACUAACUGGUCAAGCCCAGCAGUCCAGCAGCUCUCAGGAGUCACACAGACCUGUGCCACCAAGUCCCUGGGAUUGGACAAGGUGGCUUACUUCUCCUACCCAUUCACAUUUGAAGCCCUCUUCCUCCAUGAGGAUGAAUCUGCUGAUGCACUCCCAGAGUGGCCUGUGCUCUACUGUGAGGUCCUCUCACUGGACUUCUGGCAGCGGUACCGUGUGGAAGGCUAUGGGGCUGCGAUGCUGCCUGCCACCCCAGGCUCACACACCCUGAGAGUCUCCACUUGGAGGCCUAUGGACCUUGGCCCUGUGGCUGAGCUGAGGAGAUUCUUCAUCGGUGGUUCUCUGGAGCUAGAGGACCUGUCCUAUGUGCGGAUACCAGGAACCUUCAAGGGGGAGCGCCUGAGCCGCUUUGGACUCCGCACAGAGACCACAGGCACUGUUACCUUCCGCUUGCACUGUCUGCAGCAGUCCAGGGCCUUCAUGGAGUCGAGCUCCCUCAGGAAAAGAAUGCGGAGUGUGUUGGACCGUCUGGAAGGAUUCAGCCAGCAAAGUUCCAUUCACAAUGUGUUGGAGGCCUUCCAUCGAGCCCGGCGCCGCAUGCAGGAGGCCCGAGAAAGCCUCCCCCAGGACCUUGUGAGCCCCUCAGAAACCUUGGUCACCUAGCUCACUGCUGCUGUGGCCUCUGGCACAAGAGGACAAGACAAGGGAUAUGUGAGGCUGGCAUUCUCCUGUCUCUUCAUCUUUCUUAAAAGAGACCACAUUGGCCUGCCAAGAACUGGAAGAGCCUGGAAAUUCCGAGGCUGGCCCCUCUGCCUAGUCUUCAUCAGGGUCCUCUUCCUGCCAUGUAGAAAGAAAGCAGGAGCCCUAUGUGGCCCCCUCUUUAUAUUUUAGCUCCAAAAAUGGACAUCACAACAAGGCAGGCUUUUUGGUCAGAAACUGGUUUGGAUUGACCCCAUAACCUAACCUUGACACAGCCUCUUUUCUGGCUUGUCACAUAGUCUCACUAGCAGAGGGUUGCAGAGAUCUCUGGUUUCACAGCAUUUAAAAAUGAAGGCUUCUUUCUUUCCAGAAAGGAGGAGGGUAAGAGAGAUCUCAAAUCCCUGGCUGGUGAGUUUCAGGGCAGCUUCAUUCUACUGCUUGGGGCUUGCUGAGUUUAGGAUAUGACUUAUUUAUGGAAUAAAUGAAGGCUGAAGGCAGUUCCCAAUCCUUUCUACUAGAUGGGUGGUAUCUAUUAUUAUGGUUUUUGCACAUAAAAACUAUUUAUAUUGACUGAA